AUGACGCCUAGGACGCAGCCCCUGCAGCUGCUCGUGGCGGUCUCCACGGUAGUUUUGGCGGUGGUCACAUCUGACGCGCCCACGAAGACGCUGUCUCCCACUACAGGAGACGCCACCCUGGCCUUCGUCUUCGAUGUCACCGGCUCCAUGUGGGAUGAUCUGAUGCAGGUGAUCGACGGCGCCUCGCGUAUUCUGGAGCGCAGCCUGAGCAGCCGCAGCCGGGUCAUCUCUAACUAUGCGCUGGUGCCUUUCCACGACCCAGAUAUUGGCCCGGUGACCCUAACGGCUGACCCGGUGGUGUUUCAGAGAGAACUGAGAGAACUCUAUGUUCAGGGAGGUGGCGACUGCCCAGAGAUGAGUGUGGGUGCCAUCAAGGCCGCUGUGGAGGUUGCCAACCCUGGCUCCUUCAUCUACGUCUUCUCCGAUGCCCGUGCCAAGGACUACCACAAGAAGAAUGAGCUUCUGCAGCUCCUGCAGCUGAAGCAGUCGCAGGUGGUCUUUGUGCUGACUGGGGACUGUGGUGACCGCACGCAUCCUGGCUACCUGGCCUUCGAAGAGAUUGCUUCCACCAGCUCUGGCCAGGUGUUCCAGCUGGACAAGCAGCAGGUGUCGGAGGUGCUAAAGUGGGUGGAGUCCGCAAUCCAGGCCUCGAAAGUUCACCUGCUGUCGGCAGACCAUGAGGAGGAGGGGGAGCACACAUGGAGAAUCCCUUUUGACCCCAGCCUGAAGGAGGUCACCAUUGCACUGAGCGGGCCGGGGCCUGAGAUCGAAGUCCGGGACCCACUGGGAAGGGUCCUGCAGACAGAUGAAGGCCUCAACGUGCUCCUCAACAUUCCAGACUCAGCCAAGGUCGUGGCCUUUAAGCCUGAGCACCCCGGACUGUGGGCCAUCAAGGUAUACAGCAGCGGUCGCCACUCAGUGAGAAUAUCGGGCAUCAGCAACAUCAACUUCCGAGCCGGCUUCUCCAUGCAGCCCUCCCUGGAUCUCAACCACACCAUCGAGUGGCCUUUGCAAGGCGUACCCAUCUCCCUGGUGAUCAACUCCACGGGCCUGCAGGCACCUGGCCACCUUGAGUCUGUGGAGCUCUCCCACAGCUCGGGGAGGUCCCUUCUCACUAUGCCCACACAACUCCUCUCCAAUGGGUCCACCCAUCAACUGUGGGCUGGGCCACCCUUCCACGUACCGAAGGAGCGCUUUUAUCUCAAGGUGAAGGGCAAAGACCAUGAGGGGAAUCCCCUCCUCCGUGUCUCUGGUGUUUCCUACAGCGGGGUGGCCCCAGGUGUGCCGCUGGUCAGCAUGGCUCCUAAGAUCCACGGUUACUUGCAGCAGCCCCUGCUGGUGUCCUGUUCUGUGUACAGCACCCUCCCCUUCCGGCUGCAGCUGCAAAGAGAUGGAGAGAGGCUGGGCGAGGAGCGGUACUUCCAAGAGUCGGGAAACAGCAGCUGGGAGAUCCCACGGGCCUCCAAGGCUGAGGAAGGCACGUACCAGUGCACAGCCAUCAGCAGAGCAGGGACAGGAAGAGCCAGCGCCCAGAUUGUCAUCACAGACCCUCCACCACAACUGGUCCCUGGCCCCAAUGUGACCGUGUCCCCAGGGGAGACUGCCAUCCUAUCAUGCCAAGUCCUAGGUGAAACUCCUUACAACUUGACGUGGGUCCGGGACUGGCGAGCCUUACCAGCCACAGCAGACCGAAUCUCCCAGCUGCAUGACCUGUCUCUGGAAGUCCGUGACACCAUUCCCAGUGAUGGUGGGCAGUACCAAUGUGUAGCCAGCAAUCCAAAUGGGGUCACGAGGGCAUCUACCUGGCUCCUGGUGCGAGAGGCCCCUCAAGUCAGCAUCAAUGCAAGGUCCCAGCGCUUCUCCCAGGGUGUGGAGGUGAGGGUCAGCUGCUCAGCCUCUGGGUACCCCACACCCCAUAUCUCCUGGAGCCGUGAGGGCCUCGCCUUGCCAGAGGACAGUAGAAUCCAUGUGGACGCCCAAGGCACGCUCAUCAUUCGGGGAGUAGCCCCAGAGGAUGCCGGGAACUACAGUUGCCAGGCUGCUAAUGAAGUCGGCACAGACGAGGAAACGAUCACCCUCUACUACACAGACCCACCAUCCGUGUCUGCUGUCAACGCUGUGGUUCUCACAGCUGUUGGGGAAGAGGCUGUGCUACUGUGUGCAGUGUCUGGGGUCCCCCCACCCCGGGUCAUCUGGUAUCGAGGAGGUUUGGAAAUGAUUCUGGCUCCUGAAGGCUCCACGUCCGGGACACUGCGGAUCCCUGAAGCUCAGGAGAGAGACGCUGGUCUCUAUACCUGCAAGGCCGUAAACGAGUUGGGCGAUGCCUCUGCUGAGAUACAGCUGGUGGUCGGAAAUGCACCCAGGCUGACGGACGCUCCCCAGGAUGCCACUGUGGAGCUGGGCAGGAGUGUCUUCCUCACCUGCCGGGCCACAGGCCGCCCUCCUCCAACUGUCACUUGGCGGCGUGGAGAUGGCCAGACCCUGGUGCCUGGGAGGGGGAGCAGAACUGGACAACGGGAAUCAGGAGUCUUGGUCUUUGAAAGAGUCUCCCUGGAAGACCAAGCCCUGUACGUGUGCGAAGCUCGGAAUGCGUUCGGGAAGGCCCAGGCUGAGGCUCGGCUGGUGGUCACCGGACAUGCUCCCCCACAGAUCGCCAACAGUGCUUCUGUCGUGCGCGUCCUGGAGGGACAGCCUGUGUCCCUGACCUGUGUCAUCCUGGCAGGAAGGCCCCUUCCUGAGAGACGCUGGCUCAAGGCUGGCAGGCCUCUUCCUCCAGGCAACCGGCAUUCUGUCCGUGCAGACGGCAGCCUCCACCUUGACCGGGCCCUGCAAGAAGAUGCCGGGAGAUACAGCUGUGUGGCCACCAAUGUGGCAGGCUCUCAGCACCGAGAUGUGGAGCUGGUGGUCCAGGUGCCACCUAGAAUUCAUCCGACUGCCAUCCACCAUGUCACCAAGGAAGGAGUGCCAGCCUCCCUUCCCUGUAUUGCUUCAGGGGUCCCUACCCCCACCAUCACCUGGACCAAGGAAACCAACACCCUGACUACCAGCGGUCACCACAGUGUGAGCAGAAAUGGUACUCUGGUCAUUGUCCAGCCGUCCCCCGAGGACGCCGGUGCCUAUGUCUGCACAGCCACCAACAGUGUGGGCUUCUCCAGCCAGGAGAUGUGGCUGUCUGUUAAUACCAAGCCCAGGAUCAAGAUGAAUGACUCCCAGGCUACCGAUGCCCCUCUGGGAGUGACCGUCAAGGCUGGUGAAGAGGUGACCCUGGACUGUGAGGCCCAAGGCUCCCCGACUCCACUGGUCACCUGGACCAAGGAUGCCAAGCCUCUGAUGCCUGUCACCAGCAGGUAUGAGCUCCUCCCAUCAGGCUCCCUGCGCCUGGCACAGACCCAGGUAGGUGACAGUGGCCUUUACGAGUGUACAGCCAGCAACCCCGCGGGGGCCACAUCUCGCCGCUACAUCCUCAGAGUUCAAGUUCCCCCUCAGGUGCAGCCUGGCCCUCGGGUCCUGAAGGUACUGACUGGAGAAGCUCUUGACCUGAACUGUGUGGCCGAGGGUGACCCCCAACCUCAGCUGAACUGGUUCAAGGAUGGGAUGGCCCUGAUGGGUGAGGGACCCCCGGGCUCUGUCCACUUUGCUGCCGUCAAGACCUCUGAUGCUGGGCUGUACCGCUGCGAGGCCUCCAGUAGCGCCGGCACAGAUAUUUGGAAGCUGGAGCUGCGAGUGCUGGAGCCACCACACUGGGGGGCCGACGAGACCGAGGGCCUGCUGCAGCGAGUGGCCGGAGAGAAUGCCAGUCUGCCAUGCCCUGCCCAAGGGACUCCAAAGCCACGAAUCACAUGGCGGAGGGGCCCGUCCUCAGAGCCCCUGAAUGGCCGGCCAGAUGUGACGGUGCAGGAUGAAGGGUCGCUGUUCCUGUCCUCAGUCUCUCUUGCGGACAGCGGGGAGUACGAGUGCCAGGCCACCAAUGAGGCGGGCUCUGCGUCCAGGAGAGCCAAGCUGGUGGUCUAUGUGCCCCCCAGCAUCCGGGAAGAGGGGCGCAUCACCAACGUGUCGGGCCUGGCCGGGCAGCCCCUGACGCUGGAGUGUGACACAAAUGGCUUCCCAGCCCCCGAGGUGGCGUGGCUCAAGGACGGGCAGCUGAUCCCAGAGGCAAGCGGACAUCGUCUCCUGGAUGGCGCCCGGUCCCUCCACUUCCCAAGAAUCCAAGAGAGCCAUUCUGGCCUCUAUUCCUGCCAGGCUGAGAAUCAGGCGGGGCGUGCCCAGAGAGACUUCAGUCUUGCCGUAUUCAUCCCUCCCUCUUUGCUGGGAGCUGGGGCUGCUCAGGAGGUGCUGGGCCUGGCCGGUGCUGAGGUGAAGCUGGAGUGUCAGACCUCAGGGGUUCCCACACCCCAGGUGGAGUGGACCAAGGACGGGCAGCCUAUCCUUCCAGGGGACCCCCACAUCCUGCUGCAGGAGGAUGGCCAGGUUCUCAGAAUCAUUAGCAGUCACUUGGGUGACGAAGGGCGGUACCAGUGUGUGGCCUUCAGCCCGGCCGGCCAGCAAGCCAAGGACUUUCAGCUCAGCGUUCACUCACCUCCCACCAUCUGGGGCUCUAAUGAGACAGGUGAGGUGACUGUCCUGGAGGGCCAUACCGCACAGCUCCUAUGUGAGGCCCGAGGAGUGCCAGCUCCUGACAUCACCUGGUACAAGGAUGGGACCCUGCUGGCCCCCAGCUCAGAAGUGGUUUACAGCAAGGGUGGCCGGCAGCUACAGCUGGAGAAGGCCCAGCACUCCGAUGCUGGCCUCUAUACCUGCCAGGCCAGCAACCCUGCAGGGAUCACCAAGAAAUCCACCAGUCUGGAGGUGUAUGUUCCACCUACCAUUGAGGGUGCUGAUGGAGGGCCAUACCUGGUGCAGGCUGUGGCUGGGAGACCCGUGGCACUGGAGUGUGUGGCCAGAGGCCAUCCACCCCCUACCCUCUCCUGGCAGCAUGAAGGGCUGCCAGUGGUGGACAGCAACGGGACCUGGCUGGAGGCAGGAGGUACCCUGCAGCUGGAGAACCCAGGAGAGGCGUCCGGUGGCCUCUACAGCUGCGUGGCCAGCAGCCCCGCUGGAGAGGCUGUACUGCAGUACUCGGUGGAGAUGCAGGUGCCCCCACAGCUGCUGGUGGCUGAAGGCAUGGGCCAGGUGACUGCCACCGUGGGACAGUCUCUGGAUCUUCCCUGCCAGGCAUCAGGCUCUCCGGUGCCCACCAUCCAAUGGUUACAGAACGGUCGCCCAGCCGAGGAGCUGGCUGGGGUGCGGCUGGCCUCACAGGGGACCAUACUGCACAUCAGCCAUGUGGAGCUGAACCACUCGGGCCUCUUUGCCUGCCAGGCCACCAAUGAGGCAGGGACAGCUGGGGCCGAGGUGGAGGUCUCUGUGCAUGAGCUUCCUUCAGUGCACAUCAUCGGUGGGGAGAACCUCACAGUCCCUUUCCUGAAGCCUGUAGCCCUCCAGUGUGUAGGUACUGGAGUGCCUACCCCGAGCCUUCGCUGGUGGAAAGAUGGCGUGGCUGUAGCAGCCUCAGGGGGCAACCUUCAGAUCGAGAAGGCAGACCUAAGAGAUGAAGGUGUCUACACGUGUUCAGCCACCAACCUGGCAGGGGAGAGCAAGAUGGAUGUAACACUAAAGGUUCUGGUUCCCCCCAACAUUGAACCAGGCCCAGUCAACAAGGCAGUUCUGGAGAAUGCUUCAGUGACCUUGGAGUGUCUGGCUUCCGGUGUACCCCCUCCAGACGUCUCCUGGUUCAAGGGCCGCCAGCCCAUCUCUACCCAGAGACGGGUGGUAGUGUCAGCUGAUGGAAGAGUUCUUCAUAUUGAGCGAGCCCAGCUUUCUGAUGCAGGGAGCUACCGCUGUGUGGCAACCAAUGUAGCGGGCAGUGCAGAGCUGAAGUAUGGCCUUCGGGUCAAUGUGCCACCCCGAAUCACCCUGCCACCCAGCCUGCCAGGCCCAGUACUACUUGGCACACCCUUCCGCCUGACCUGUAAUGCCACCGGCACCCCCAGCCCCAUGCUGAUAUGGCUGAAGGAUGGAAACCCUGUGUCUCCUGAGGGAACCCCUGGCCUCAAGGUCUUCCCUGGAGGCCAGGUCCUCACUGUGGCCAGUGCCCGUGCCUCUGAUGCGGGCAGCUACUCCUGUGUAGCAGUGAGCGCUGUGGGUGAGGACCGCCGGGACGCUGUCCUGCAAGUUCACAUGCCCCCCAGCAUCCUUGGAGAAGAGCUGAACAUGUCUGUUGUGGUGAAUGAGUCGGUGGCCCUGGAGUGCCAGAGCCAUGCCGUUCCGCCGCCCGUGCUGAGAUGGCAGAAGGACGGAAGACCCCUGGAGCCUCACCCUGGCAUCCGCCUCUCUGCAGACAAGGCCUUGCUGGAGGUGGACCGCGUGGCAGUGUGGGAUGCAGGUCACUACACCUGUGAGGCUGUUAACCCGGCCGGCCGCUCUGAGAAGCACUUCAGCUUGCAUGUCUGGGUCCCUCCAGCAUUCCCUUCAAAGGAGCCCUACACUCUCACCGUGACUGAGGGACAGGCCGCCAGACUGUCGUGCGACUGCCAGGGCAUUCCCUUCCCCAAGAUCUCAUGGAGGAAAGAUGGUCAGCCGCUGCCUGGGGAGGGGGACGGCCUGGAACAGGUGUUGGCAGUCGGGAGGCUGCUGUACCUGGGACAGGCCCAGUCGGCCCAGGAGGGGACAUACACCUGUGAGUGCAGCAACGCAGCUGGGAGCAGCAGCCAGGAGCAGCAGCUGGAGGUUCUGGUCCCACCUCAGGUCACUGGCCUUUGGGAGCCCCUCACAACAGUCUCCGUGAUCCAGGAUGGAAACGCCACCCUGGACUGUAAUGCCACAGGGAAGCCCCUGCCGGUGGUGACAUGGGAGAAGGAUGGUCGGCCUGUCAAGAUGGAGCCCGGCCUGCAGCUCCAGAAUCAGAACCACAGCCUACGCGUGGACCGGGCUCAGGCCUCGCAUGCCGGCGGCUACAGCUGUGUGGCUGAGAAUGCAGCUGGGCGUGCCGAGAGGAGGUUUGCACUGUCCGUGCUGGCACCUCCUCAUCUUACUGGAGACUCGGAUUCAUUGACCAAUGUCACUAUUACCUUACACGGCUCCUUGACAUUGCUCUGCGAGGCUGCAGGGGUCCCGCCCCCGACAGUCCAGUGGUUUCGGGAAGGACAGCCAAUCAGCCCCGGAGAGGGCGCCUACCUCUUGGCAGGUGGCUGGAUGCUGAAGAUGCCCCAGGCACAGGAGCAGGACAGAGGCCUCUAUUCGUGCCUGGCCAGCAAUGAGGCUGGGGAGGCCCGGAGGAACUUCAGUGUAGAGGUCCUGGUUCCUCCCAGCAUUGCAAAUGAAGACUUGGAGGAAGUGAUCAAGGUGCCUGAGGGACAGACUGCCCAGCUGGUGUGCAACGCCACAGGCCACCCGCCACCCAAGGUCACAUGGUUCAAAGACGGCCAGUCCCUGACUGUUGGAGACCCUUACGAGAUGUCCCCAGAUGGGGCCUUCUUGUGGAUCCCUCAGGCCAAUCUGUCCAAUGCUGGCCACUACUCUUGCAUCGCUAGCAACGCUGUGGGGGAGAAGACCAAACACACACAGCUCAGCAUCCUGGUGGUCCCCACCAUCCUUGGAGUGCCUGAGAAGAACGCCAACGAGGAAGUAACUGUGACCAUCAACAAUCCUAUUUCCCUGAUCUGUGAGGCCCUGGCCUUCCCAUCCCCCAAUAUCACCUGGAUGAAGGACGGGUUGCCCUUCGAGGCCUCCAAGAACAUCCAGCUCCUCCCAGGUACCCAUGGACUACAGAUCCUGAAUGCCCAGAAGGAAGAUGCCGGCCAGUACACCUGUGUCGUCACCAACGAGCUGGGGGAGGCGACAAAGAACUACCACGUGGAAGUUCUCAUCCCCCCGUCCAUCUCCAAAGAUGACCCUUCGGGGGAGGUCAGCGUGAAGGAAGUGAAGACUAAAGUCAACAGCUCUCUGACCCUGGAGUGCGAAUGCUGGGCCGUGCCCCCACCCUCCAUCAGCUGGUACAAGGACGGAAGGCCUGUGACCCCCAGCCAGCGGCUCAGUGUCCUGGGGGAGGGGCGCCUGCUCCAGAUCCAUCCCACACAGGUCUCUGACUCUGGCCGAUACCUGUGUGUGGCCACCAACAUGGCUGGUGAGGAUGACCAGGACUUCAAUGUUCUCAUCCAAGUGCCCCCUAUAUUCCAGAAGAUGGCCGAUGUUGAUACAGGCUUCGAGCCCCUGCCCCAUGAGGAGGAGGCCCAGGGCGGGGUGACAGAGUACAGAGAGAUUGUGGAGAACAACCCAGCUUACCUGUACUGCGAUACCAAUGCCAUUCCACCACCAGAGCUCUCGUGGUACAGGGAGGGUCAGCCCCUGUCAGCUGCUGAUGGGGUCUCGGUGCUGCAAGGAGGCCGAAUCCUGCAGCUGCCUCUUGUGCAGGCAGAGGAUGCGGGCAGGUACUCCUGCAAGGCUUCCAAUGAGGUGGGCGAAGACUGGCUGCAUUAUGAACUACUGGUGUUGACACCACCAGUGAUCCCUGGAGACACACAGGAGCUGGUAGAGGAGGUGACAGUGAAUGCCAGCAGUGCUGUCACCCUAGAAUGCCCAGCCCUGGGGAACCCAGCACCGGUUCUGUCAUGGUUCCAGAAUGGGCUGCCUGUGUCUCCCAGCCCACGGCUACAGGUCCUAGAGGAGGGACAGGUCUUGAAGGUUUCCACCGCGGAGGUGGCCGAUGCUGCCAACUACAUGUGUGUUGCGGAGAACCAGGCAGGCUCUGCAGAGAAACUCUUUACCCUGAGGGUCCAAGUACCACCACAAAUCUUGGACUGGACCACCAGCCGGCUCACUGCCACCCUCAACAGCAGUGUCUCCCUCCCCUGUGAAGUUCAUGCUCACCCAAGCCCCGAGGUCACAUGGUACAAGGAUGGCCAGCCUCUCUCCCUGGGACAAGAGGUUUUCCUCCUUCCUGGUACCCACACACUGCAGCUGGUGCGAGCACAGCCAGCUGAUGCCGGGACCUACCUGUGUGAAGCCCUCAAUGCUGCAGGCCGAGACCAAAGGACGGUAGAGCUCAACAUUCUGGUUCCCCCCAGCUUUAAGCAGGCUCCUGGAGGCCCCCAGGAAGAAGUCCAGGUCAGAGCAGGGGACAAAGCCAUCCUAAGCUGUGAGACAGAUUCACUCCCAGAGCCAGCUGUGACCUGGUUCAAGGACCAGCAGCCCCUAGCCCUGGGGCAGCGGAUUCAGAGUCAACAAGGUGGACAAAAACUGGAGAUCCUGGACUCACAGGCAUCAGAUAAGGGCGUGUACAGCUGCAAAGUUAGCAACAUAGCUGGAGAGGCCACCCGGACCUUUGUCCUUGCCAUCCAAGUGCCCCCAACAUUCGAGAAACCGGAGAGGGAGAUGGUGAGCCAGGUAGCUGGGCGCCCCCUAGUCCUGGCUUGUGAUGUGUCCGGAACCCCAGCCCCCACUGUGACUUGGCUGAAGGACAGAUUGCCCGUGGAGAGCAGCAUGGAGCAAGGUGUGGUCUCCCGAGGUGGCCGCCUCCAGUUGAGUCGCCUGCAGCCGACCCAGGCUGGUACCUACACUUGUGUGGCUGAGAACGCCCAGGCAGAGGCCCGCAAAGACUUUGUGGUGUCUGUAUUAGUGCCUCCCCAGAUCCAGAACUCAGGCAUAGCACAGGAACACAAUGUGCUAGAGAAACAGGAGAUACGGCUGCACUGUGAGGCUGCGGGCCAGCCACCACCAGAUAUAACCUGGCUGAAAGAUGGUGGGCCGUUGGACCAACACGUGGGGCCUCACCUCCGGUUCUAUCUGGAUGGCAGCACCCUGGUGCUGAAGGGCCUGAGAGCAGCAGACUCGGGUGCCUACACCUGUGUGGCCCACAACCCAGCUGGAGAGGAUGCCAGGCUCCACACGGUGAAUGUACUGGUUCCUCCCACCAUCAAACAACAAGCUGGUGACACAGGGACCCUGGUGAGCAGGACUGGAGAGCUGGUGACCCUGGUGUGCCCCGUCCAAGGAUCCCCGCCCAUUCACAUGAGCUGGCUCAAGGACGGCCUGCCCCUUCCACUCUCCCAGCGCACCCUCCUCCACAGCUCCGGCCGCACCCUCAGGAUCUCUCAGGUGCAGCUGUCAGAUUCAGGCAUCUUCACCUGUGUGGCUGCAAGCCCAGCUGGUGUGGCCGACAGGAACUUCACCUUGCUGGUACUCGUGCCCCCCAUCCUGGAACCAGUGGAGUUUCAGAACGACGUGAUGGCUGCCCAAGGCUCUGAAGUAGUCCUUCCAUGUGAGGCCCGGGGAAGCCCCCUGCCCCUCGUGUCGUGGAUGAAAGAUGGGGAGCCCUUGUUGCCCCAGAGCCUUGAGCAGGGCCCUGGCCUGAAGCUGGAAGCUGUGAGCUCUGGUGACUCGGGGACCUACUCCUGCACAGCAGCAAGCGAGGCAGGGGAGGCCAGGAGGCACUUCCGGCUGACAGUCAUGGAUCCCCCCCACAUUGACGAGUCUGGUGAGACUUCAGAGCUGUCGCUGACACCUGGUGCCCACCUGGAACUCCUGUGUGAGGCCCGUGGCAUCCCCCCACCCAACAUCACUUGGCAUAAAGACGGGCAGGGCCUGAGCAGGGUGGAAAAUGACAGCCAAGCUGGCCGUGUGCUCCGGGUGCGGAAUGUGCAGGCGGACAAUGCUGGGCUGUACACUUGCCUGGCUGAGAGCCCAGCAGGUGAAGUCGAGAAGAGCUUCCGGGUCAGGGUUCAAGCCCCUCCAAAUGUUGUUGGGCCCCGGGGUCCCCGCUCUGUGAUUGGCUUGGCUCCGGGGCAGCUGAUUCUGGAGUGUUCUGUGGAAGCAGAGCCAGCACCAGAGAUUGAGUGGCAUCGAGGCGGCGUGCUGCUUCAGGCAGAUGCCCACACUCACUUUCCAGAGCGGGGCAGAUUCCUCAAGCUGCAGGCGCUGAGCACAGCGGAUGGCGGGGACUACAGCUGCACAGCCCGCAACACGGCAGGCAGCACCAGCGUGACUUUCCGCGUGGAGAUCCACAGUGACGCACCCACCAUCCAGCCAGGACCGAACGCCGUGAACGUCUCCGUGAACCGCACAACCCUGCUGCCCUGCCAGGCCCACGGUGUGCCCAUGCCCCUCGUGAGCUGGCGGAAGGAUGGGACCCCUCUGGACCCUGGGAGCCCCAGGCUAGAGUUUCUGCCUGAGGGCUCACUGCGGAUUCAUCCUGUCCUGGCGCAGGAUGCCGGACACUACCUCUGCCUAGCAUCCAACUCUGCUGGCUCUGACCGGAAAGGCCUAGACCUCAGAGUCUUUGAGCCUCCAGCCAUUGCCCCUGGCCCCUCCAACCUGACCCUGAUGGCCCACAGCCCGGCCUCACUACCCUGCGAGGCCAGAGGCUCUCCCAAGCCCCUGGUGACCUGGCGGAAGGAUGGGCAGGAGCUGGACUUCCGCCUGCAGCCAGGCGCCUACCGGCUUCUGCCUUCCAACGCCCUGUUCCUCACGGCUCCCAGCCCUCAGGACUCAGGCCAGUUUGAGUGUGUCGCGAGCAAUGAGGUGGGCGAGUCCCGCAGGCGCUACCAGGUGACUGUCCACGUGCCUCCCACCAUUGCAGACGACCAGACACAUUUCACAGUGACAAGGAUGGCACCUGUGGUCCUCACAUGCCACAGCACAGGGUCACCAGUGCCAGCCGUGUCCUGGAGCAAGGCAGGCACCCAGCUGGGAGCAAGGGGCAGUGGCUACCGAGUCUUGCCCUCUGGAGCCCUGGAGAUUGAGCAGGCCCUUCCUAUCCACGCUGGCCGAUACACCUGCACAGCUCGAAACUCUGCGGGGGUGGCCCGCAAGCACAUGGUCCUCACAGUGCAAGCCUCCCCCGUGGUAAAGCCACUCCCCAGCGUGAUUCAGGUUGUGGCGUCGGAGGAGGUGCGGCUACCCUGUGAGGCCUCUGGCAUCCCCCAACCAACGGUCAUCUGGCAGAAGGAGGGACUCAGCAUCCCUGAAGGAGCUCAUAUGCAGGUCCUCCCCAGCGGCCAGCUGUGGAUCAUGCGCGCCAGCCCAGAGGAUGCCGGGAACUACUUCUGCAUUGCCCAGAACAGCGUGGGCAGUGCCAUGGCAAAGACCAGGCUGGUGGUGCAAGUCCCGCCUGUGAUUGAGAACGGCCUCCCAGAUUUGUCCACCACUGAGGGCUCCCACACCCUCCUGCCCUGCACAGCCAAGGGCAGCCCUGAGCCAGCCAUCACCUGGGAAAAGGAUGGCCACCUGGUAUCUGGAGCUGAGGGGAAGUUUAUCCAGCAGCCUUCCGGAGAGCUCCUGGUGAAGAACUCUGAGGCCCAGGAUGCAGGCACAUACGUCUGCACCGCAGAGAAUGCCGUGGGCCGUGCCCGCCGCCGUGUGCAUCUCACCAUCCUGACGCUGCCUGUCCUUACCACCUUGCCUGGGGACCGCAGCCUGCGCCUUGGGGACAGGCUAUGGCUUCGCUGUGUGGCCAGGGGCAGCCCAACACCCCGCAUUGGCUGGACCAUCAACGACCAGCCUGUCACAGAGGGAGUGUCUGAGCAGGACGGAGGCAGCACACUGCAGCGGGCAGCCGUCACCAGAGAGGACAGCGGCACGUAUGUGUGCUGGGCCGAGAACAGGGUUGGCCGCGUGCAGGCUGUCAGCUUCGUCCAUGUGAAGGAGGCUCCAAUGCUACAAGGGGAAGCCUUCUCCUACCUGGUAGAACCUGUAGGGGGCAGCAUCCAGCUACACUGUGUGGUUCGUGGAGACCCAGCUCCAGACAUCCACUGGACCAAAGAUGGCCUCCCACUGCCCAUCAGCCACCUCCACUUCCAACUGCAGAACGGCUCCCUAACCAUCCUCAGGACCAAGAUGGACGACGCUGGACGGUACCAGUGCCUGGCCACGAACGAGAUGGGCGCCGUGAAGAAAGUGGUGACCCUUGUGCUUCAGAGUGCCCCAGUGUUCCAGGUGGAGCCUCGGGACAUGACAGUGAGAUCAGGAGUGGAUGUGGAACUGCGAUGCCGGGCCACCGGAGAGCCUGUGCCCACAAUCGAGUGGCUGCGGGCGGGCCGACCACUACAGGCUGGCCGGAGGCUCCGCGCCCUGCCAGACGGGAGCCUGUGGCUGGGGCAUGUCGAAGCUGGAGAUGCUGGAGUGUACGAGUGUGUCGCUCACAACCUUCUGGGCUCUGCCACAGCCAAGGCGUUGCUGGCUGUGCGAGGGGAGCCCCGAGGCAGCCGGGGCAGCAUGAUCGGAAUCAUCAACGGCCAGGAAUUUGGGAUGGCUACUCUGAACAUCAGUGUGCAACGACAGGGCAGUUCUGAGGUCCCUACCAUCUGGAGCAGCAUCAGUCAUAUCCCAGCAAGUGUGGGGCCUCUAAUGCGAGUGCUGGUGGUCACGAUUGCCCCCAUCUACUGGGCCCUGGCUAGGGAGACGGGAGAGGCCUUAAAUGGCUACUCUCUGACGGGUGGCAGCUUCCAGCAGGAGUCACAGAUGGAAUUUUCUACAGGGGAGCUGCUUACGAUGACCCAGGUGGCUCGGGGUCUGGAUCCCGAUGGACUCCUGCUCGUGGACAUGAAAAUCGAUGGCAAGAUCCCAGAGAGCUUGGCCGACGCCGAUCUGCACGUACAGGACUUCCAGGAGCACUAUGUGCAGACAGGGCCUGGCCAGCUCUUCGUGGGCUCCACACAGCGCUUCCUCCAUGACAGCCUCCCAGACUCCCUGCGCUGCAAUCACAGCAUCCAGUAUGAUGAGACCAGGGGCCUCCAGCCCCAGCUGGUGCAGCAUCUUCGGGCCUCCGCUAUCAGCUCGGCCUUUGACCCUGAGGCAGAGGCCCUGAACUUCCAGCUUACCACAGCCCUGCAAGCAGAAGAAGAUGAAGUUGGCUGUCCUGAGGGCUUUGAGCUGGAUACCCAAGGAGCAUUUUGUGUGGACAAGGACGAAUGCUCAGAGGGUCCCAGCCCCUGCUCCCAUACCUGCCGCAACGCUCCUGGCCGUUUCUCCUGCUCCUGCCCCACUGGCUUCUCCCUGGCUCGGGACCGCAGGAAUUGCAGAGAUGUGGAUGAGUGUGCGGGCGACACCCACCUCUGCCAGGAGGGGCAGCGCUGUGUGAACCUGCUGGGAUCCUAUAACUGCCUCCCUUCCUGUAGGCCUGGCUUCCGGGUAACUGCUGAUGGAAGCAGCUGUGAAGAUGUGGAUGAGUGUCUGGAACAGCUGGAUGAGUGUCGCUACAACCAACUCUGUGAGAACACUGCAGGUGGCCACCACUGUGGUUGUCCCAGAGGGUACCGCCAACAAGGUCACGGCCUGCCUUGCCUAGACAUCAAUGAGUGCCUACAGCUGCCCACACCCUGCGUCUACCAGUGUCAGAACCUCCAGGGCAGCUAUCGAUGCCUGUGCCCGCCAGGCCAGACCCUCCUACGAGAUGGCAGGACCUGUACCCCCCUGGAACGGAACCGUCAAAACAUUACCGUCGUCAGCCACCGGGGCCCAUUUGUGCCCUGGCUGCGGUCUCGGAUACCCAGGCCCAAUGGUUCCUACCAUACCUGGGUCUCCCUGCGGCCUGGUUCUGGAGCCCUGAGUAGUGUGGGACGGGCCUGGUGCCCACCUGGCUUCAUAAGGCAGGACGGCGUGUGUACAGACCUCGAUGAGUGCCGCGUGAGGAGCCUGUGUCAGCAUGCCUGCCGAAACACAGAGGGUAGCUACCAUUGCCUCUGCCCCUCCGGCUACCGCCUCCUUCCCAGCGGGAAGAACUGCCAGGACAUCAACGAAUGUGAGGAAGAUGGCAUCGAGUGUGGGCCUGGCCAGAUGUGCUUCAAUACCCGAGGCAGCUUCCAAUGUGUAGACACGCCCUGUCCUACCACCUACAGGCAGGGCUCCAGCCCCGGGACCUGCUUCCGCCGCUGCUCGCAGGACUGCAGCGCCAGCGGUCCGUCCACACUGCAGUACCGCCUGCUGCCGCUGCCCCUCGGUGUGCGCGCCCACCACGACGUGGCCCGCCUGGCCGCCUUCUCCGAGGCUGGCAUCCCCGCCAACCGCACGGAGCUCACCGUGCUGGAGCCUGACCCACGCAGCCCCUUUGCUCUCCGCCAGCUGCGCGCUGGACAAGGCGCGGUUUACACCCGCAGAGCGCUCACCCACGCCGGGCUCUAUCGCCUGACGGUGCGCGCAGCUGCACCCCGCCAUCAGAGCGUCUACGUCCUGCUAAUCGCAGUGUCGCCCUACCCGUACUGAAGCUAGCAAGGCCAGAGCUGCAGAUCCACCCUGACCUCGCAGAGCGGAACAGAGUGGCCCUUGCCCAUGACACCUACAGUGAUAGAGAACGUCCUCUUCUCCCGCCCCCGUGCGUCAGCGAGAUCUUCAGUAAACACUGCUGUGCGCAGGGCCUUGACCCGGGGGCAGGGACCGCUGCACCUUUGGCGGCAAAGCCAAUGGUACAGGCCUGAUCCUGUCCUUCCUCAAAUCUCACGGGGGAGCUGGGCAAGGUCUCAGGGGUCCAGGAUCCCCCAGGAGGACAGACCCAGUAGGGGUGGCAGCAUCUGACACUGUCCU